UCUAGCCUUAGAAUCCAAAUAUUCUCAAUGGGAAGCCAAAUGAAGAAGCAAUGGCCUCAAUUUGCUUGUGCUUUAGUAUUUUUCUUGAUUGCCACAUGCACUAAGGCAUAUUCACCCUCUUAUAAAGCACCACAAUUGUCUAAAAAUGACUACAACGUACCUUCGGUGCCUAAACAAGAAUACAAGACCCCUUCUUUGCCAAAGAAUGACUACUACAAGAAACCAUCAGUUCCAGAAGACAACUACAAGAAGGUACCAUCACUUCCAAAAGAUAACGACUACAAGGUACCCUCAGUGCCUAAAUCAGAAUACAAGGCUCCAUCUUUGCCAAAAAAUGACUACUACAAGAAGCCAUCAGUUCCAGAAGAUAACUACAAGAAGGUUCCAUAUGCACCAAAGGUACCCUCAGCGCCUAUACCGGAAUAUAAGGCUCCAUCUUUAUCAAAAAAUGACUACUACAAGAAGCCAUCAAUUCCAGAAGAUAACUACAAGGUUCCAUCUGUUCCAAAGGUGCCUUCGGUACCUAAACCGGAAUACAAGGCUCCCUCUUUGUCAAAGAAUGACUACUACAAGAAGCCAUCAGUUCCCGAAGAUAACUACAAGAAGGUGCCAUAUGUUCCAAAGGUACCCUCAAUGCCUAAACCAGAAUACAAGGUGCCCUCUUUGCCAAAGAAUGACUACUACAAAAAGCCGUCAGUUCCAGAAAAUAAUUACAAGAAGGUGUCGUAUGAUCCCAAGGUACCCUCAGUGCCUAAAUCGGAAUAUAAGGCUCCAUCUUUGCCAAAAAAUGACCACUACAAGAAGCCAUCAGUUCCAGAAGAUAACUACAAUAAGGUGCCAUCUGUUCCAAAGGUACCCUCAAUGCCUAAACAGGAAUAUAAGGUGCCAUCUUUGCCAAAGAAUGACUACCACAAGAAGCCAUCAGUUCCAGAAGAUAAGUACAAGAAGGUGACAUCUGUUCCAAAAGAUAGCUCCUACAAGGUACCCUCAGUGCCUAAACCGGAAUACAAGACGCCAUAUUUGCCGAAGAAUGACUACUACAAGAAACCAUCAGUUCCAGAAGAUAACUACAAGAAAGUGUCAUCUGUUCCAAAAGAUAACUCAUACAAAGUACCCUCAGUGCCUAAACCGGAAUACAAGGCGCCAUAUUUGUCGAAGAAUGACUACUACAAGAAGCCAUCAGUUCCAGAAGAUAACUACAAGAAGGUGCCAUCUGUUCCAAAAGAUAGCUCCUACAAGGUACCCUCAGUGCCUAAACCGGAAUACAAGAUGCCAUAUUUGCCGAAGAAUGACUACUACAAGAAACCAUCAGUUCCAGAAGAUAACUACAAGAAAGUGCCAUCUGUUCCAAAAUAUAACUCAUACAAAGUACCCUCAAUGCCUAAACCGGAAUACAAGGCGCCAUCUUUGUCGAAGAAUGACUACUACAAGAAGCCAUCAGUUCCAGGAAAUGACUACGAGAAGGUGCCAUCUGUUCCAAAAGAUAACUCAUACAAGGUACCCUCAGUGCCUAAACCAGAAUACAAGAUACCAUCUUUACCUAAGAAUGACUACUACAAAAAACCAUUAUCUUCCCCUCCACCACCCUACUACUAUAAUUCACCCCCUCCUCCUUCACCAUCACCACCACCUCCUUACCAUUAUUAAUCAUCUUCAACUCCUUCUCCCUUACCACCUUCUCCACAUUAUUAAAUUUUCAUCUUGCAUAUUCAACAUGUUUCCCAAGUUAGCCCUUCUUUCACUAGCACAGCAUCCAGGAUCUCUCUCGUGAGAUGGGGGCAUGAUAUCAAAAUUUGUUAUUCUUCAUUUGUUGUUGUGUUUAAUCCGUUUUUGGAGUUGCAAUUGUUUUGUCGUUUAAGUUGUACUUUGAAUGUUUCCAGAUAAUUACUUCAGUUGAUUCUU